UUUAAGAACCACAGAGCAAGGUUGGUGUACGCAGACAUAAAGUUAACGAUGUUUCGCUUACGUUAUGUCUCUGUUAUAUUGUCGUACUGCUUUAUAUUUGUCUUCUUCAGUUACAAGGCUGCUAUGUGUCGGGCUGAGAAACAGUGUUGAUAUAAGCAGAGCAGGGAAUAGGAAUGUUCAUAGUUCUACAAUAAGGUGUGCAGGGCAGGACUGGAGAAUGAGGCGUGGCUUUGCCCGCAGUGGUUCUGAAUAUGGCCCCCUGACAGACCUACCAGACUGGAGCUUUGCAGAUGGUCGUCCAGCACUACCAUGGAAAGGGCAGAUCAGGAGAAAGGAAGAGCGAGAGGCAUUAGCUCGUCGGGUAGUUUUGCUAAGCACAGAAAUGGAUCAAGGCAUGAUUAAGUGGCAAAACAGUCAGCAAGAGAUGAAAGCAGAACAGCUACAGAAAGAGAGAAGCAAACUGAAAUCCAAGGCAUCCCCUAAUAAAGCAGCAAAACCCCAAUAAAUAUAAUUAUUCAUCAAAAA